AUGGUAAGAGUAUCUUUAAAUAACGUUAAAUUAUUAGUGGACAUUGAUAAUAAACCACAGUUUCACCCUUCAACUACUACUGUGCAGACUAUUUUAACUGCAGAAUGUUUGGAGUUCAUUGUCCUAUUACAUAGAACUUUUAAUUCCAAGAGAAAAUUACUAUUGUCAAAUAGACAGCUAUUACAAAAAAAAUUGGACUCAGGUCUUUAUCAAUUAGAUUUUUUAGAGGAAACAGAGUAUAUUAGAGAUGAUCCAACUUGGAAAGGUCCGAAAUCUUUAGGUCCAGGCUUGAUAGAUAGAUCCGUUGAAAUUACUGGUCCUCCAUUAAGAAAUAUGUUAAUUAACGCUUUGAAUGCAGAAUUUGUUAAUACUUAUAUGGUAGAUUUUGAAGAUUCAUUAUCACCAACUUGGCAGAAUAUCAUUUAUGGACAAGUAAACUUGUAUGAUUUAAUUAGAGAUAAUAUUAAUUUUACUUCUGUUAAUGGAAAAAAUUAUAGUUUGAAAGAUAAAAUUCAAAAUUUACCAACAUUAAUAGUGAGACCAAGAGGUUGGCAUAUGGUUGAAAAACAUCUAUACAUCGAUGAUGAACCAAUCUCUGCUUCAAUCUUCGACUUUGGUGUUUUCUUCUAUCACAAUGCACAGGCUUUGAUUGACUUGGGGAAAGGUCCAUAUUUCUAUUUACCAAAAAUGGAACAUCAUUUGGAGGCAAAAUUAUGGAAUGACAUCUUUAAUGUCGCACAGGAUUAUUUAUCUAUUCCAAGAGGAACAAUCAGAGCCACUGUAUUGAUCGAAACUUUACCUGCAGCUUUCCAAAUGGAAGAAAUAAUUUAUCAAUUAAGAGAUCAUUCCUCAGGAUUGAAUUGUGGUCGUUGGGACUAUAUAUUCUCAACAAUAAAAAGGUUACGAAACUUACCUACUCAUGUUUUACCUAAUAGAGAUUUAGUGACAAUGACCUCUCCAUUCAUGGAUUCGUAUGUUAAAAGGUUGAUCAAUACAUGCCACAGACGUAAUGUUCAUGCAAUGGGGGGUAUGGCUGCUCAGAUUCCAAUUAAGGAUGACAAAACAAGAAAUGACGCAGCAAUGCAAAAAGUUAGAACUGAUAAAAUCAGAGAAUUGACUAAUGGACAUGACGGCUCAUGGGUAGCACAUCCGGCUUUGGCACCGAUCUGUCAUGAAGUGUUUGUAAACAUGGGAACUAAAAACCAAAUUCAUUACAUUCCAGAUACAAAGAUCACCUCAGCAGAUUUAACAAACACAAGUAUCCAAGAUUUUCAAGUAACAACUGAAGGUAUCAAACAAAACCUUGAUAUUGGGUUAAGAUACAUGGAGGCUUGGCUAAGAGGUUCUGGCUGUGUCCCAAUUAACUAUUUAAUGGAAGAUGCAGCAACAGCAGAAGUCUCACGUUGCCAAUUAUACCAAUGGGUUAAGCACGGUGUUACUUUAAGUGACACGGGUGAAGUCGUUACCCCCGAAUUAACAACAAAGAUUUUAACGGAGCAGGUUAGUAGAUUGAAACAAUCUAGUCCAGUUGGUGACAAAAAUAAGUUUGACACAGCUGCAAAAUACUUCUUACCUGAAAUAACAGCUAAACAUUUCAGUGAGUUUUUAACCACUUUGUUAUAUGAUGAGAUCGUAACGCAAAAAUCAGCUCCAACCCAUUUAAGUAAAUUAUAA